CGAGUCUAGCUCGCUUUCUGAGUCUUCGAUCGAGACAAACGCAUCGAUUUCUUCAUCGGAAUUCAUGACGGCAAAUUCGGACGAAUCUAAUUCGGAAAUUUUGCCAUUUGCCGAUAAUAUUGAACCGCUUGCUUCGCCCGAUGAAAUUGCUGAGUACGAAGCUGCAGUCGCAGAAGAACAGCAGGUUGAGAACAUGCUGCAAGAUCGUUUUGAUGCCCGUGUUGAUGUUACUUCAUGGUGUGAAUGUGGCCAUUGUUCGUUGGAUCUUGUUGUCAACCCUCAAGAGUGCCGAUGCUGCAUGGAAUUAGAGCAAUGCCGUGGCAAAAUGAAUCAGUUCGAAGUCGAUGAAAGGAAAUGCAUUUUGGAUCAGCCUGGCUUUAACGAAGUUUGCCUGAACGAAUUUGUUCUUCAAGCAGCUUCGUUAGGUUUAAAGACCAAAGGUCAUCGCAGUUAUGCGACCGUUUUUCAAGAUGGUCAAAAGACCAGAGAGGAGUUCUUUCGAGCAGUAUCGUACAGACAACUUGUGCGUCUUGUAUGGGACUUUACAGGCAGCUCCAGACAUUUGCCACUGCCUUGUUGUUGUUACAACAAAAUACGGACGACAUUUCCGAACAAUAAGUGUCUUCCUUACAAAGGAUUCGAAGAGGAUGAGGACACAUAGCAAUGUAAAAAGGUGAUGGAAAAAGCUAUUAUAGGUGGUAUAUUUACAAGAUUUACAAAUAUACAUUUAUAUUAUUGACAACUGCCCUUCUUGUGACCUUUCAUAGGCUUUGCACAUUUCUUGCACAAUGGUGCAAGAGCAUCGGGCGUGAUCUGUUGGUCCUGUAAGAAUAUUGAGGAAUAGUUGUUUUACGAAGUGCACGUAUGUGUGAAGAGCAAUUGUUGGCUUUACGUAUGCAUCAUUCUCAGAUUGGUCUGGAAUUUCAGUUGUGCCUUUUUCUUCUUGAAAAUAGCACGAAUCUUCUUUCUUCAUGCAUGAUACAGACACUUCAUUUUGUAUUUCCUUUAAAACCUUAGUAUAAAUGUAUAUUAUAUAUUGAAAGUUUGC